UUAACCAUCGCGAAAUCUGUGUGGAAAUUAUUAUGGCCGACCGUUAGGCCCCUCCAUGCUCCUGCCGGCACAUGCUAUGUUCGCCAUUGCUUCUAAUCAACCCAAGCGGCUAGGUUCUUUCCGACGGCCUAGAUGUGUUCAGAGAGCGGUUCAGCCCUUCCAGUAGCGAUCAGGUCCUGUACAUGUUCAUCUACAGUACAUAUGAUCCCUUGCCCAAUCCUUUGAAACCGGCGAGACGAUAUGGCUCCCAACAGCGCGGGAAUGCGACGGCGAGUUUCGCAGUCUUCGAUCCAACCACAUCAACGCGAGGUGCAAGACGAUUUGGUGCGUACACAAACAGACGAAGGAAGAAGCGAGAAUAUCUCUGUCUCUACGAGUAAUACCCAUUCUGGAUCCCAACCGUACCAUGGGGAAGAGAAUUGCUCUCUUCCUCCGAUGUCGUUUUCCACAUCUCAAAACGAGAGGACACCGCUCCGGUCGUUUUAUCACCGAUCCUUUAGGGGCUCUCUAGAUGCCGGCCAAUACUCAUCUCGUGGCGUUCGUGAAAAAACGGCAGAAUUGGCAUCACUGGCGUUAUUUAACAGGGAGCGAGAUUGUACCGACUCUGUGUGGCUGGAGCCGCAAAUUGGCGUGCCAAAUAACUUCGGUGUAUUUGUUGAUGGCCAGCGUGAUAUCAGCAGGUCUCGCUGGACGCAGAGCCAACCGGGGCAGAUCGAAGAACUCUCUGCAGCCGAUUCUCGGACAGGAGCUUUUCAUUCGCCUCCAAAAGUUAGCACUUCAGCCCUUACGACGAUGAUCCGCGAUUUCGCACCAGAUAGAAGUAAUGAUGGGCUAAGUGAAGAGCCCUUUCAGGAAGAUUUUUCGCACCCAGACCCAGCUCUCACGCUGUCGCGCGGUUCGAACGUGCCAGAUACAGAACGAACUGCACUUCUCAAUCCGUCUCGAACCAAGAGUCGGGAUUACCGCACCGCCCCAAUUGAUGUAGAAGGCCAAAUUACUAGGUAUAACCCUUUGGAUAAAUUGCGUGCUAUAUGCGCAAGGGGAGGUUCCCGGUGCUUCCAUCGCUUGAACCCGCAGGCCUGGGACAGAACGGUAAUUUGGCGGAAGGGAAUAGUUUACCCCAUCACCCUUCUUCCUGCCGUAUUUCUCGGCCUCUUGCUCAAUAUCCUAGAUGCACUUUCUUACGGAAUGAUUCUUUUCCCGCUGGGUGAGCCACUAUUCGCUCACCUCGCCCCAGAUGGCAUCUCCAUAUUCUACGUCAGUACGAUUGUUGCUCAGCUUGUAUACUCAUGUGGUGGUUCGGUUUUCAAAGGAGGUGUUGGUUCUGAAAUGAUUGAGGUUGUUCCAUUUUUUCAUAAAAUCGCGUUUAUGAUCCUCAAGAAGGUUGGCAAGCAGAACGAGAAAGCAGUUCUCGCGACCACCAUCCUAUCCUAUGCCAUCAGCUCCGUGCUGACUGGAUCUGUCUUCUUCCUGAUGGGAGCUUUCAACCUGGGCUCGCUAAUAGGGUUUUUUCCGCGCCACAUCCUAAUCGGAUGCAUUGGUGGAGUUGGGUGGUUUCUUGUCGCUACGGGGGUUAUGGUAUCCGCUCGUCUAUCUGGCAAUCUUGAAUACAACUUAGAGACUCUAAAAAGGCUUUUCCAGCUUGAUACUGUUUUCCUUUGGACACUUCCCCUUAUCGGCGCUAUUGGCUUGCUUGUGAUAAAGCGAUUCGUCAAGUCAAAUUUUCUUGUUGGGGGUUAUUUCAUAUCUAUGGGUGCUGUCUUUUAUAUUUUCAAGUUCUGUUUAAAUAUACCGCUAGAGACUCUACGGAGCCGCGGUUGGGUCUUCGAGGCUCCAUCUUCAUCAGAACCGUGGUACCAUUUCUAUACAUUAUAUGAUUUUUCUUCUGUUCAUUGGUCAGCACUCGCGGAAACCAUUCCUGCUAUGUUCGCAUUGACGUUUUUCGGUGUGCUACAUGUGCCCAUCAACGUCCCCGCUCUGGGUAUCUCGACCGGCGAAGACAAUUUAAACGUUGAUAGAGAACUUCUCGCACAUGGUAUUUCAAACGCAGUGUCGGGUUUUUUCGGUAGCAUUCAGAAUUAUCUCGUUUAUACCAAUAGUCUACUCUUCAUCGGCAGUGGCGGUAACAGCCGUUUGGCAGGCGUGAUGCUCGCUUUCGGCACAUUUGGCAUCAUGCUUGUAGGGCCGGGUAUAAUUUCUUAUAUCCCAGUAGUGAUUGUUGGCGCCCUUAUCUACAUUCUUGGGAUAGAGCUAAUGGAAGAGGCUCUGGUGGAUACGUUAGGAAAACUACACACAUUGGAGUAUCUUACUGUGGUAAUAAUUGUUGUGACUAUGGGAGCAUGGGACUUUGUGAUUGGAAUAGUCAUCGGCAUAAUCCUCGCCUGCGUAAAUUUCGUCGUCCAAACGGCGCAGAAGUCCGCUAUCACAGCAACAUACUCAGGCCAGGUAGCCAUUUCUACCGUCAGGCGACAUCCCCUACAUGUCAGAUUCCUCAAGGAUGCGGGUAAGCAGACAUUUGUCAUUAAGCUGGCCGGUUUUCUAUUUUUUGGCACAAUUGUGAGCGUCGAGAACACGGUGCGGGGGUUGAUCGAGGAGAAGACAUUCAAGGACCAGCCGAUACGUUUUCUCAUUCUUGACCUUAAACAUGUGAACGGAUUAGAUUUCUCCGCCGCAGAGGCCUUCACGCGGUUAAACAGGAUCCUCUGGAAACGGAGGGUGCAGAUGAUUAUCAGCAGCAUUGACGUGGAAGGGGAGAUUGGGAAAAGUUUGCAGAAUGUCGGUCUCUUUGAAAAGGAGAACGAGGUCGAAAUAUUCGAAUCUCUGAACUCCGCUCUGGAAUAUUGUGAAAAUGAACUACUAAAGGUCUUAUAUCAGCGAAAAGACACAAUGAUAGGGAACGGCGAUCACACCCCUCCUCAAUUUUUAGACGUAUCACGGCCUCAACCCCAUAUACUCCCAGACGCAUUAUUCAAUUCCCCAAGAGGCCACUACCUCCACCAGGUAGCAACAACAGCCCUUCGCGAAGAAGAAGCCGACCCCGUCUCCAACAAAACCACAUUCCAAAAAUGGGACUCGUUCCAACAACCCCUCCCCCUUCUCCUCCAAACGUUUCACGGCCUAACGAAACACAACGAGGACUUCUGGUUCCCGGCCUGCACCUACUUCACGCGCGAAGUAUUCCCGGCCGACUCAGUCCUCUACCGUACGGGCGAGGACGCCACAAACUUCUACCUCCUUGAAUCGGGCAUGUUGCGAGCAGAGUACGAGUCGCCGCAGGGCAGUUAUUCGGAGCUCAUCGUCGCGGGGCGGCCGUGCGGCGAGUUGCCCUUUUUCGGCGAGACACGGCGCACAGCUACGGUAAGAACGGAACGGGAUAGUGUUGUGUGGCGCCUUGGGAGCGAGGAGUGGCAGCAGCUGAGGCGGAAGGAACCUAUGUUGGCGCAGGAGCUGAUGAAGGUAUGCUUUAAGUUGACGUCGGAGAGGAUGGAGAGUAUCACUGGAUACGUCCUCACGACUGUCUAG